GUCUUUAUACUCAUCAUUUGGAUUCUCUACACUAUUGUUUUUCUCAUCAGUCUGUACUAUUUUGGCCAAUCAACAAAAAAAAAAAGGAAUUGGCCGCAAUUGGAAUAAGCCACCUUUACCACCUUUAAUCACCAUAUACAGCAGUCACAUUGUGAAACUGCUUCACCACUACCCCAACGUCUUUGCGGGCACAUUGGAGGAAACCUACCUACGUCAACGUACAAUAGAUAUCAAAAUGACAAAGACGGCUCCGUCGACACAGCCCUGGCGCAAGACGCCCCUGAUAGAGUCAUCCGCGCUUUCCCGCGCCGCAGGAUGCAAAGUCUUUCUCAAGCUAGAUAAUCUGCAACCCGCGGGUUCUUUUAAAUCACGAGGAAUCGGAAACUAUCUUCUCGCACGACUACGUGAACGCGGAGAUGAUCCCGACAUCCACUUCUACAGCUCCAGCGGCGGCAACGCAGGACUCGCAUGCGUGACUGCCGCACAGGACCUGGGCCACCCUGCCACAGUGGUCGUGCCCAUGUCGACAAAACCCAUGAUGAUUGCCAAGAUCCGCGUCGCUGGGGCCACAGACGUGAUCCAGCACGGGGCGAGCUGGGCCGAAGCCGAUCGAUUCCUGCGCGAGGAGAUCCUAACUCGGGAUACCAAGGGGGUAUAUGUGCCGCCUUUUGACCAUCCAGAUAUCUGGAAGGGUAAUUCGACGAUUGUCGAUGAAAUUGCUGCCGAUUUUCGGGAUAGUCAUGGCGCCCAAGACCAUGCACGAGACGCAAAAACAGUACAGGCCGAAAAGCCAGACGCAAUCAUAUGCUCCGUCGGCGGCGGCGGCCUCUUUAUUGGCAUCAUGCAAGGUCUCGAGCGACACGGCUGGUCACCGGACGUAUCUGUCGUCGCCGUCGAGACGGCAGGAGCGGACUCGCUGGCCUCGGCAUUGGACGCAAAUGAACUGGUCACGUUGACAGGAAUAACGAGUAUCGCGACCAGCUUGGGAGCGACGCGCGUUGCGGAAAAGGCGUUCGAGCUGGGCCAACUCGGACGCGAGAACGUGCAGAAUAAUGUGAAGAGUUUGGUGCUCUCGGAUGCGGAAGCGGCCAUGGGAUCGUGGCGGCUCGCGGACGACGAGCGAUUGCUUGUCGAGGCGGCGUGUGGUGUGAGUGUCGCGGUGUGUUAUAAUGGCAAGAGACUGAAGCAGUUGCUGCCGCAUUUGACGCCUGAGAGUAAAGUCGUUUUGGUAGUCUGUGGCGGGUCGAACAUUACGGUGGAAGGGCUCGCAGAGUAUCGUCGCGUGUAUGGACCGUUGGUGGACAAGCUGGGGGCUGCGGACGAUGAGAUGGUGCCUAGCUCGGUGACUGCGCCGCGUGGGUAGAUGCUCGGGUUCAUGCCGUAUUUGGAGUUAGGAUUAAUCUAUGCGGUCGAGUAUUGGUUGCAAUACGCAAUGAUUUUGGCUUGAAGUCGCGCUCUUAAUAUGGAUAAUUGAUUGUCGGGUUUUGCAUUAGUAUAGGGCUAUUUAUGUCACAUCGGAUCUGUUUGAAUUUAAGGAUUAUGGAAAUGCGUA